AUGUUUGAUAUUCGUACUUGGAUAGCGCCUGCAAGGAUUGACAUUCACAAUAUCAGUAACCCUCACAGUUUCGUUUUGGAGGAUAACUCGAAAGGGGAUGUUGUACUAAGGUACAAAAAUUGGUCGAGGGACAAGGAGUGGAAACCAAGCCGGAAUCCUGAUGACUGCAUCACAAUUUUGCAGGUGUGAUUGUGUUAAGAAUUAAGAAAUUCGUUUUAAAAUCAUUUUUUUUUCAAAAUGGCCAAUCAAUAGGUUUAUUUGAGUCACGCGUACACCUCCGUAACCCCAAUACAAAUCAAAUUGGCUUAAGAGUUAUUAAACAAUAGUAUCAACAAGCCUGGGACCAGGCUGAAAUUAUUCGCGUCGAAACUGUAUGGGCUUUUCAUAUUCGAUUAGUAUGUACUAAUAGCGAAGACUUAUUAUAAUUUAAAUUAAACACGAAUGGCAGAGACAACUUUAGCAGGAAGUGAGGUUUGACAAGUUCAGUUCCUGUAGUGAUCCGGUUCUGCUCUCUUGACCUUCUAAUAACCGCUUCAUAUGUAUAAAAAAUAAAUUAGGUGAAUAAAAUGUUUUGACAUUCUGAUCAGUGAUAAAAAUUUCAAUAAUGGGAAAUAUUGCAGGAUGACUUGCCAGCGCAUGUUCCCGACAUUAUCGCACCUUCUUCAGACAAAAUCAAUCUAGAAAAGUUGAGAUCAGACAUACCGAAGUACUUCAGUUCAAGGGUGUUUACGGAAAAGAAAUGGUGGAAAGACUUUCUCGCCGACAAAGAGGGCCUGUUUUCUGCCACUGAGAAGCCUCAUGUCUGGUUGUUAGAUGAAGUUGAAGCAAUCAAACGACGCCAGACCGCGGUUAGAGAGGAAGAGCCACAAGAGCAACAGGGUUUGGAUGACGAAAGAAGUACAGUUGCUGAUUUACCUCAAAGACCCUCAGCUGCUCCUAAAGAUCUUGAAGAUAUGGUGGUGGGGCAGCUCACUGAAGUACCGCAGGUAUACAAAAAUAUGAUAGUGUUUUCCGUGGAUGGUGAUUUCCCUCGGCCGAUUACAGUCAACUCUUGCCUUGCGGACACCCCGCUAUAACGGACACCUCGAUAAUACGGACAACAGAUAAAUUCCGGGCAAAAAUAAAUUACAGACAUUUGACUGAAAUAAACUCCCGCUAAUACGGACUCUCGCUACAGCGGACACUAACUUAAGGUCCCUACAGUGUCCGCUAUAAAGGGAGUUGACUGUAUCUCCGGGUUUUAAAGAACAACCGACCUUUUCCUGUUAUAUCGAAAAUGGUAGUUCCAAAAUUUAUAGACCUACUGCAGUAGUUAGACUUGCAAUUUUAAUAAUGUCGUAUGAUUUCUAUCCAAAACUCUAAAAUGAUAGAAUUGUCUGAUUUUUGUAGAUGUACACUGGGCGUUACCAAAGUCGAGCCCAGUUAUUGUCACGUGUCGCUGAAGUAGACAAUGACAACCUAGAGGAAUCUCUUCAAACGGGUGUUUACGUUGCUGUGAGCAUCGAAAACUACUCAAAAGCUCCAGUGAUUGGAAAAGUACUCGAAAUCCACGACGAUAAAUUCAAGAUUCAGUACUAG